UGUUUAAACAAAAACACAAAGAACACAAAAUAUUCAACAAUGUUUAAAAUACGCCAACGUAGCUGUCUUUUAUUGACCUUAGCCUUAAUUUUGUUGCCAUGUGUUAUUGUACUAAUGCUAAUGGGUCCAGAAUUAUCCACCGAACAGGCGCUAUCACAACGUUUGGGCGAGUGCCAUAUGCGUCUGCAGUACCUGGAGACAAUGUAUAGGACACGUCAGGAGGAUGUUGCCCUGCUGUCGCAGUAUCUAAUACAACUACAAAAUACCAGCAAUGGUGUGACAGCAAUACCAGCCAUAGCACCCGCAGCCUCCUCUGCAAUACAGGAUAAAAAUUCCUCCACCCUAAUAAACUCGGCAGUGCCAUCAGCUCCAGCCUCUCUGCUGGAUGGCCUUUCGGCCGAGGCCCGACAAAUACUACGCAAUGCCUCUCGCCAGCAUUCACAGCAAAUGCAUUUGUCCAGCUCUUCAAAUGUCCGGCUGCCAACGGCCUAUCACUUCUUGCCACAUCUCUCCGAUGAUCCAAAUUCAUUGCGUCCCGCUUUACUACGUUCCCGAGGGCGUUCUGAUGUUAGCAUUGUCUUGGGCAUACCAACGGUAAUGCGUGAAAAACAAUCCUAUCUUUUGGGUACAUUACACAAUCUGAUCGAAAACAUGAACGAAGAGGAACAAAAUGAGACGCUGAUCAUAGUAUUUAUUGGGGAAAGUGAUCCCGAAAAUGUACAGAAUAUAGCCAAAAGUGUGGAGAUAGCAUUUGAGCCGUACAUCGAUUGUGGCCUCAUAGAAAUUAUAGCCCCCUCGGCAUCGUAUUAUCCAAAUUUUGAUAAAUUGCGUAUAACAUUGAACGACUCGUUGGAAAGGGUCAAGUGGCGAAGUAAACAGAAUUUGGAUUUUGCAUAUUUGAUGGCGUAUGCACAAACAAAAGGCACAUUUUAUGUCCAACUGGAAGAUGACAUUCUGGCGAAACGCCAUUUUAUAACGACAAUGAAAAAAUUCGCCAUUACCAAAAGCGCUCUAACCAAACCCGAUCAACCGCCAUGGUUUCUCUUGGACUUUUGUCAAUUGGGUUUCAUUGGGAAAAUGUUCAAAUCGGCCGAGCUGCCUUAUCUGAUAACGUAUUUUCAAAUGUUCUACAAUGAUAAGCCGGUCGAUUGGUUGUUGGCCUAUUUUAUGGAAUCGAAAGUGUGUCGCAAUGAUCUCGACCAGAAACAUUGCAAUCAGGAAAAGGCCAAAUAUUGGCUGCACUAUCGCCCGUCGCUGUUUCAACAUAUCGGUACUAGUUCUUCGCUCAAGGGUAAGGUACAAAAGCUAAAGGAUAAACAAUUCGGCUCGAAAGUACCCACCUUCUAUGCCCACAAUCACAAUCCACCGGCCCAGGUGAAAACGAAUAUAUCGCCGUAUAAAAAUUAUCAGCUAAAGCGGGCGUAUCGCGGUGAAACUUAUUUUUGGGGUCUACUACCGCAACCGGGUGAUUUGGUGCAAUUUAUUUUCGAUAAACCCACUCCCCUAAGACAUUAUCUGUUUCGAAGUGGUAAUUCGGAACAUCCAUCGGAUCGUUUUUACAAUACCACAGUUGAAAUUUUACCCGCCGACACCUUGAGUGAAAGUUCUGCGGUAUGGAGUUCAUUUAACUCGACCACAGAUGGCUAUUUAAUUGUGGGUUCCUUUGAUAAUAUGGGUGUAGCUGAGGGUUCGAUAGACACGAAAAUAGGUGCCAUUAAAGAGAUACGUUUACACGUGCACGGGGAUAGUGAAAAUUGGGCAUUGCUAAGUGAAAUAGAUUUACAGGCGGAUAAUAAUAAAAGAUGA